AUGCCCGUCCCCGACACGACGGCUGGCUCUGCUGCUCGCCGCAACGGGAGACGCAAGCCCGACCUGAACAUCGACACGUCGCCGCUGCGGGCCAGAGAUCGGGACUGGGACCGGCGCCGACACAGAGACAGAGACGAGAACAGAGACCGACACGCCGUCCCGCACACGCCCACCAGCGACUCUCCCAGGGCCGGCCUAGCCCUGAGGCUACCCGAGGGCCAGGGACGGGAUCGCAUUGAGACAUUCCUCGAGGGCCUCACCCCCGUCGACGUCCCGAUCGACAUGUCCAACAAAGAAAACGAACGCCCCGAGCCACACCGCCCCAAUCCGCGAGAUUCGCACGACCUGUCGCUGCCGCCCCGUCAAGUCACAAGAGACUCGCUCGUCGCCAACAUGCUCCUGUCGCUCGACCAGCUCUCUAUGGGUCAAAUUGGCACAUCUUUUGGAGCCUCGGGCUCGCCCUUCGACGAACCCGGCAUCUACCCCACCUUCAACGACGACUCGCGAGCAAUGACCUUCACCACCUCGAGAACGGCCCGCGGGAAUGGACACGGAUACUCGUACAGCUCCGACUUUGAAGGCGCCGACGACGCCAGCAAGAUAUCCUCGAGAGGCCGCCGCAGCAACAGCAGCUCGGGCUACCAGCCGGGUCUCGGGAGGAUCAACAGCAUGCGCGAGACGUCGCAGCGCAGUCCGCUCCACUCAAGGGGCGGCAAGGGGAGCAAGAGCAGCAGCACAGCGAGCGUCGACGCAGGAUUUGUCCAGGUCUUGGGCAGCCAGCGCUGGGCGAGGGGCUUCGGUGGGAGGUCGUCCAGCUUUGACGGGGAGCCGCGCCCGUCGCCCGCCCCGUGGCAGGUCGAAUUCACCAGCUCCUUCUUCAACGACAGUUACGACGCCGCACCUACGCCGAGUGUCCCAGCGGGGCCCCGGAAGCUCACCACGGCACCGUCCAUGCCCGUCAUGCCGCCGCCGCCGGAACCCAGGACGGAGACGAAGCCGCCGGCAAAAGGGGCUGCUGCUCCUGAGCGUCGGCGGAGCACGAGAUCUUCAAGAAGCGCGACGGUCGGGCGCAAGCCAGACCCCAGGCUCACCCAAGCCCCGCCUCUCCCGGUGUUUGAUCUCGAUUCCGCUCCCGCUCCACAUGUUGGCUAUGAAAAGACAAAGGAUGUGGUUCUGGCUCCGCCGGCGAACGUGGCGGUCCAACCAAAGGAGAAGCAAGGUUUCUUCAGGAGAAUGUUUGGCUCGUCCAAGACGGCUGUUCCAAGCUCCUCUUCGACGCCUCAAGUGUCCACCCUGCCGUUGCAGCAAAAGUCUUCCACUCCGCCAUCCCGCGAUUCGCACCAGUCGGCCACUCAUACGUUACAGAAGAAGACGUCGUCCUUCUUCCGAAGGCGGAAGCACUCAAUCACCGAGUCGGAGCCUCCUCCGGUGCCAGUUCUGCCGACAGUCAAGCUUCCUUUGGAGAGGGUUGAGGCACUGUCCGGAAAGGCGAACCCUAGCCCCAUCACCAGCUUGCGGCGGGCUAUGGACCCGUUUUUGCAGGGAAGCCCGUCCUCCUCGGCCGCCCAGCCGCCUGCUGCUGAUAUCCCGUUGCCCUCGGUUGAAAGCCCUCAUGACGCUCGAAAUGAACCCACGCGAGCUACUGCCGAAGAAGACGACGGCCGCGCGCCCAGAGGCUUCUCGCCUGACUACGAGCCAAGCCCGAAAGCCGUCAUCCGCAAGGUCGAAUCUGAGCACGGGGCCCUCGCCACGCCAAGCCGGCAACCUACAGAUUUCCCGGUUGGGUCACCGCCCAAGUCCUUUCUCCGUGACAACAGCGACAGCGAGGACAGCCCGGUGCGUCAUCGGAAGACGCCGCGUUCGGAACCGCGCGACAAGAAGCUUCAGCCGGGUCCGCUGCCAGAUGAGCGGAGAAGAUCGGCUUCGCCGGUCGUGUCCAAGUCGAAGAGCGUUCCCAACCUCAACAGGGAGGCGCGUUUGUCGGCGCGGCUGGACGCGAGGCCCCCGCCGCCCAUCCGCGGCCAUUCUGACCGUAGGGAUUCCGACACGCUUGGUCUACCGAACGAGUCAGCAAGUGAGACCAUGUAUAAGCACAGCGUGCCCAGCCUUAGGAUUGACAGCGCGGAGCCCAGUCCCAGGGGCAUGGACACGGGUGAAUCCGUCAACCAGUCGGCUAAGUCCAUUGACGAGCCCGAGGUCGUGGUGGGUGACCCGACUGAGGACGACCGGCAGAAGGCGCAGAAGAUUUUUGAAGGAAACGAGGACUUCAUACAGAAGGACCGGGCGGCAGCUUGGAUGGGCGAAGAGGGCAUUGUGCGCCAGCGGACUCUGCGGGCCUACAUGGAGCUGUACGACUUUGAAAACCAGAGCAUCGUGGCCAGUCUGCGCCAGGUGUGCCAGCGUCUGCUUCUCAGGGCCGAGACGCAGCAGGUCGAUCGCAUUUUGGUGGCCUUCUCCAAGAGGUGGUGCGAUUGCAACCCCAGCCACGGCUUCAAAUCAACUGAUGUCAUUCACACCAUAUGCUAUUCCAUCAUUCUGCUCAACACCGAUCUCCACAUGGCCGACAUCGACCACAAAAUGACCAGGAGCCAGUUCAUCAAGAACACCAUGACCACCAUCAGGCAGGCCCUCCAGGAGUCGGCCCCUGAAGCUUUUGACCGACCCAGCAUCCUCCCCGGCAAAGGGAACCUGGAGAGCGAAGGCCGCGCGUCUGACGAGUUCAAACACAACAGCUUCCGCGCCUCGUUCAAGCCGCCCCCGCGGCCCAGCUCGGCUCUCGGGGCCUUUUCUGAUCAAUCGCCGGGUGAGAGCUGUGGCCCGCUUGUCAAGGCGCCAUUUGACGGACCGCUGCGUGCCUGGGAGAAUCAGGUCGAGAUCGUGUUAAAGGAUAUCUACGCUUCAAUCCGUGAUGACCGCCUGCCGCUGUUUGGCGCUGAUGCCGCCACUCCGCAGACACCCAGUGGGCUCUCGGUCAUGGGAAUGCUGAAGCGGACGCCCAGCGUGCUGAGCAAGGCUCCAUCCGAGAGCGUUGCGUCCACCCGCGGCAGAGUGCCUGAACCCAAGCCGAACUCCUCCCGAUGGGCCUCCAAGAGCCGCUCACGGCCACGAGGCUUCAAUACCGGCUUUUCAUCCAGUAGGACUAGCUUUGAGGACGGCAACUCGGUGUGGACCCCGACCGAUUCAUCGGCUACCUGGAGCAAGCUGUCGCUGGGUAGGACCCAUACGACCAUGUCGAUGGACUCGUUCGGUUCUUCGUACCCCCGCGGCGACUACCAUCAGUCGAUCGGCUUUGCCAACGCACUGAGUCAGGCCAUCAUCCGCGAAGACAGCGCCGCCGAGGCGCUCAAGGACGAGAUCAAGCCCGAGCAGCUACUCGAGGACGAGUCUCUGGAGCUUGCCGGGCCGCCGUGGGUGAAAGAAGGUCUUGUUACGCACAAGCACCAUCUUGACGGCAUCGACAAGAGGGCCAGGGACCGCAAUUGGGUCGAAGUGUUUGCCGUCAUCCAAAAAGGACAGCUGAGCCUCUUCUCCUUCACCCCAAACAAAUCACUCCGCCACAAGAACCGCCGCGGGCCGGGCGGGACCCUGCCCAAGGGCGCCGUGGUCGGCGGCGGCAAUUGGCAGGACAACGCCAUUAGCCAGGGCACCUUUUCGCUCCGGCAGACCCUCGCAUCCGUCCUUCCUCCUCCCGGCUAUUCGCGCACCCGCCCGCACGUCUGGGCCCUCUCCCUCCCCACCGGCGCCGUGCACCUCUUCCAAGUCGGCACGCCCGAGAUCUGCAAAGAAUUCGUCUGCACCGCCAAUUACUGGAGCGCCCGCCUCAGCACGCACCCGCUCGUCGGCGGCAUCUCCAACAUCGAAUACGGCUGGAGCGACGCCAUCAUCAACAGCGCCAUGACCAAUGCCGCCGCCAACAACGACAGCGCCAGCGUCAUCGGCCCGCGGCCCGCGAGCAGCACAAAGGGCCACUCCCGCCCGGGUAGCGCCGCCACCGCCGCCGCCGCCGCAGCAGCAGGCAUCGCCGCUAUCGGCCGCUCUUCAAUGCAGUCCGGCCGCUCCAUGCGCUCCGCCUCGUUCGACUUUGCCGUCCGCCCCGGCUCGGGCUCCUCGGGCGCCCUCGGCACCAGCCUCUCCCGGCCCCACCACCACCCCAACAAGUCUGACCACGCCAGCAGCAGUCAUAAACUCCCCGGCGACCGCAUCCACAUCACAGACUGGACCCCUCCCCCGCAAUCCAUGCGUCCGUCCCCGCUAAGCGAAGCCGAUCAGCUCGAGUCUUUGCUGACGUAUGUCCGCUCAAUCGAGGCGGAACUGCAAGCACACAACGCGCUGCGCUCGCCGAUGUUGGGCGCUUUUUCGCCGCGGAGUGGGAAUGCCGCGAAAGCCAUGGCGAAUUGGGAGAGGAAAAGUGAGUAUUUGCUGAGGGAGAUUGUCAAGUUUAGGACCUAUGUCGAUUCCCUUCUGCAGGCGGAGGCGAGGAAGAGGGAGAUUUAUCGCGAGAGGGAGACGGCGAGACGGGCGGCGAGAGGGGAGGAUUUUGAGGAUGAGGAUGAGGAGGGUGAGGAUGAGGAGGUUGAGAUUGGUCGUGAUGAUGGUGAUGGUGAUGAGGGGGGUUUGGAGCUGGGGCGUAAGGGGAGGUUGAGGAGUGAUGGGGUGGGGAAAGAGGUGGAGGUGGAAGGUGGGUUGGGGGUAAGGGCUUGA